GGGCACUGGAGCCAGAAGCAACCUCCCCAGACCAAGUUAUCAGGCACAGUAGCCCGUUUGUCUUGUCUUGCCCCUCGCUGAGGCACCGCCUCAGCUGACGCAGGACAUCCAAGGUUCGCCAGUGCAUCCGAAUCCGUCCAUCCACCCAUCCCGUUCUGCCGGUGGCACAUGCCCAUGCCUGCUGCCAGGGCACUAAACCCAAAGGCUUACAAGCUUGCUGCUUCAAACCCGACUGAUCUCGCGCGGUUCACUUUCUGCUCCUCUGCCAUCCCGCACAAAUCCCAUUCCUCGCUCGUCCGCCUAGCCUCCGGUCAUAGCCCGAUUCUCCCUGGGAUAGGCACUCGACCUGGUAGCCUGGGAUCCAACCCACAGUCUUGGCUCGGUCUCGACCGCCAACUGCGUUGUUCGCUCCCCGGUGGGGGUUACCUAUGCUCCUGAACCAUCUAUCGCAUCGGCGUUGCGCUUGUCGCGCGUAGCCAGUAUCGGAGCCGGCAUCAGGAUGCUCUGCUCCGUCAAUACCAUCCUCUGAAUUUUCUGCCAAAGCGACUCUGAUCGCUGGACGAAAUAGACCAUCUGACGCCGUCAAGUACGACCGAGGCUCGCCUCGCCCGCCGUAUACACCACGCUCCGGGCGCAACUCCAGCGUCCGCAAAACGUCGUCGGGCUCUCGCUCUGUGCCGCGGGCGGUCUCGUUGAGGCCUCCCGCCAUCCUCCCGCGACUUUCAUGCGACGUGGGCAAGGUCCGACAUGACCUCAUCUGAGAAGCCCCCCGAAAGCAGUCAGACUCGAGCUAUUAGGCACGGUCUUGCAGGUCACGAUGACUCUUCUCGACCAACCGGCGUGGUCGACAAGACGACAGCGGCUACCGCGACUGACGCUGCCCAUCCCCGCGCAGACUCGAGGUUGAUGAGAACAGUCACGGGCGACCCUGCUGCGAACAAUCCGAACAAUCAAGAGGCCGGUCACCGCGCGGUCGGCGGUAACCGUUUCCUCCGCGACCCCCUCGGGCUUUCCACGUCUGGUGCGACUCGUUCGCCGUCGCAAAGCCCCUUCCGACUCGCCAUGCCGUCCAUAUCACCAGGCCAGCUCGCCUUUUCGGCGAUGCAGUACCUUCCUGUACCGACGCUUGUCCUCAACAAUUUGAAAACGGUCGUCCUGGCAAAUGAGGCGAUGGGCAGGAUGAUAGGCAUCAUCAAUGACGAGACCGAUCAAGACGAUGCGACCGCUACAAUUGAAAAGCUGCGGGGGCAGACGCUAUCCCAAGUCGGCAUCGACAUGCUACAGGAUGGGCGGCCCGUGUGGAUCACUUGGGAAGCCUUCCUCGACUCGCUAGUCGGGGACGUGGGCGUCCGGCCGCCAGCGACAGAUGGCACGACGCGCGAUUCUCGUGGCGAUGCGACACCCACGGUCGGAUCGCUAGGUCACUCGACCGGGCGGACAAAGCAAGACGCCGUCGUCGAGGUGGUUGUCAGCCGCAAGGACCUGACGAAAACCACUUUUGACACGCGGUAUAAGUCCAAGGAAUCCGAGUAUCAGGCAUUUGCCAAGAUGAUUGUCACGAUAUGGGAAGUGGAAGAGCGACAAACGUACUUCACUCUGACCUUCACCAACACGCAGUCCACGCCCUCAACCCCCAGCAACCUGCGCAAGUCCAUCGCACGGCCCAGCUUGCUAGAGGCUGCCGAUCGCAAGUCCAUUGCGUACUCGAACCCGUCGUCGGUUGCCUCGAGCCGAGACUCUAGCUCCCCAUCGUUUCACAGCCCCGGCAUCGUCACCAUGUCCUCGAGCCCGUUUCCGCCUAUGGGGCCUCCAUCCGUUGCGGCGCACGCGAGCACACCGUCUCUCCUGCAAAAAAUCAUAUUGAUGAAGGAUGCUCUACUAGAUAAUACUCAGAUGCCGAUUCUGGCGAUGUGGAAGGACGGCAGUGUGACCUUCCCUAAUAAGGCUGCGAGGAUGUUGCUUCCGAAAGACGCCGACCUAGAUGUGGCAAAUGAUGGGUUUGAACUCAUCAAAUUGUGGCAAUUGUGGACUGACGACUUCAGCCGCCAGCUGGACGUUGCUGAAUACCCCAUGUCUAUCCUCGUCAGAACGGAGUCGCCAUUCCUCAGCAUUCGCGUUGGCAUGUUCGACAGAGAAGGUCAUCGGAUCAUCUUUGAUGUCUUGGGCGAGGCGAUCCGCGACGAUACCACGGGCGAGUUUCUUGCUGGUGUUGUGACAGGGCGAGACGUCACCGUGAUGACGGAGGAAAUCGAGCAGAUCAAGGAGCGCGACGACGAACGAUUCAAGCUCAUUUGCGACACCAUGCCGCAACUUGUGUGGACUGCGACCCCGGACGGUUUGCAUGACUUCUUCAACACACGAUGGUACAUGUAUACAGGGCUGAAACCGGAGGAGUGCUUGGGAGUCAUGUGGCAAAAUCCUUUCCACCCGGACGAUACUCCAGAGGCACUCACUCGGUGGAACUAUUCACUCAGAACGGGCGAGCCGUAUCAGGUAGAAUACCGAUGUCGAAGCAAAACGGGCGAGUGGAGAUGGUUCUUGGGCCGUGCCCUCGCCGUCCGAAGUAAAGAGACGGGAGAGGUCGAAAAGUGGUUCGGAACGUGUACCGACAUUCAUGAAAGCAUGGAGACAAAGUUCACAGCGAAACGCACUCGACAGCAACUGCUCAGCGUCAUUGCUCACUCGCACGUCACCAUCUUCACUGUCGAUCCGAACCGGAACGUGACCAUGCUCGAGGGCGCGUUGAUAUGGAAUAAUACCUACGAGGAGAACCACGACGGAACUAGAUGGUUCAUCGGCAAGAACAUGUAUACUGUGUUCAACCGCUUGACGCAACAGUUGCCCGAAGGGGAGCGACCAGAGUUCUUGCGGCCCAUCGAGGACAUACUCGAUGGCAAAUCGAAGGAGGACGUAAAGGAACAUGCGAUCGACGAUCGGUUUUAUCGGACUCGGUUUCUGCCCAUGUAUGGCAAGCAGGCGCACGAUGGCAAGCCCACUAAUGAAAGUUGCAUCGAAGGCGUUAUCGGUGUCAUUUUCGACGUCACGGAACUGAAGGAGAGGGAAGAAGCGAUUCGAGAACAAUCCCGGGAGAAGCGCCGCGCCAUGGCUAGUGAGGCCGCCGCCAAGGAGGCAAAUCGGUUGAAGAGCCAGUUCUUGGCAAACAUGUCGCACGAGAUUCGUACGCCAAUCACCGGUGUAUUGGGAAUGGCAGAGCUUUUGGGCGACAUGGAAUUGGACGAGGAACAGCGCGAUUACGUUGACAACAUUCAGAGCUCGGCGACGUCGCUGCUGACUGUCAUCAACGAUAUCCUCGACUUCUCCAAGGUCGAGUCGGGACGCCUUGACGUCGAAGAGGUCCAGUUCUCGCUCUCACUCAUCGUCAAAGAGGUCGGCAAGAUGUUGCAAUUCGCCGUGGAGCGAAAGAACCUCAAGUUUGAGUCCGAUAUUGACGGCGAUAUCGAAAAGGACAUGGUCGUAAUUGGCGAUCCCGGACGCGUGCGACAGAUCAUUACAAACCUAUUGACAAACAGCAUCAAGUUCACAAAUCAAGGCUAUGUUCGCUUCUCGGUGGCAAAGGAGAAAGAGACGGACGACGCAAUUGACAUCAAGUUCGUCGUUGAGGACACCGGUAUAGGAAUUCAAGAAGACGUGCGCAAGAAGCUGUUUCAGCCAUUCAGCCAAGGCGAUGCAUCUACCGCGAGGCGAUUCGGCGGAACGGGCUUGGGCCUCACCAUCUGCAAGAACUUGCUGGAUCUGAUGCGUGGCCGUAUUACCUUGGAAUCGACCGUAGGGACAGGCACGACAGUCACAUUCUGGAUACCUUUCAGCAAGCCUCACGGGCAGCAAGACUCGAGCCUGGCCCAGUCUGGUGCUAUCCCGGACCGUCUGCAGUCGGAAUUGAGCUUGUCAUGCAACAGCUCCGAGUAUGAACAGGUCGCGGGAGUGACCUCAGGAUCGGAUGGCGCGCCGGUUUCAUCGGAACCGCGCCGACGCCUCUCUGUACGGACACCGCCGGGUAUCGAACGAGAGCUUCCUCGGGCAGAGCGUGCAAAAAUGCAUGUGUUGGUGGUGGAGGACAAUCCCGUGAACCAGAAAAUUGCCAUCAAAACCAUCGGGAAGCUUGGGUUCCAGGUGACGGCCGCAUGGAACGGCAAAGAGGCCCUGAAGUACUUGACGGACGCCAGCAAGGGGCAAAAGACCAAACCCGACAUCAUCCUCAUGGAUGUACAGAUGCCCAUCAUUGACGGCUACAAAUGCACACACUUAUUGCGGCACCACCUACCAUACAAGACCAUAUUGCACGAUGUGCCCAUUGUGGCCAUGACAGCCUCCGCAAUUCACGGAGACCGAGAGAAAUGCAAGCGAGCUGGCAUGGACGACUACCUGGCCAAGCCUGUCACCAUGACGAUCCUUGAGAAGAUGCUAAUCAGAUGGGGCACGUCGAAGCGCCGCAUCCCGCAGCUUCAGGAUACCAUCGCCUCAGACUGCUCGGAGAUGAGCGAGCACUGCGACAAUGCCGACAUUCCGCACAUUGGGCUCGAAAACGAGAAUUUGUCGGUGACGGACCGCGAGAUGGACGAAGCGAACAACAGCCCCAUCACGCCCCGACCGCUCACGACCAACGGCCAGCACGAGCUCUCGCCGUUUGACUCGCCCAUGGCCGAGGAGCUCGCUCCCCAGAUCAGGCGCCAAGAGGGCGAGAAGGAGCUGUCGACGAUGCUCCAGGAGACCAAGAUGAUCGACGCGGCGGGCGGGCCGCUCAACAUGAGGAGCAGCUCGUUCCAGGAGGCCAGCCCCGGCGAGGCCCUGACGGAGGAGAACAUGAGCAGGCUCGUGAACGAGACGAGCACCAACAUGGCGCAAACGCCCACGUAGGGCUCAUGAGCAUCAGCAGCAUCGACAGCAGCAGCAUACGGCGGAAGCCUCACGAUGCGACGACAGCGGACCAUGAUGGGUUUCGCGUCCGGUGAUUCGCAACACACAAAUCUACACCUAUACCUCUUCUCGAGGGACGACAAUUGUUUUCCUCUUAUUUGCACAGGCACGUACAUGGGGUUCAUGGGCUGUGGUUUCACCAAAAGAACAAGGGUAGACGGGACAAGGGACUAUGGGAUACACUGGCGGCUACUCAAUAAUAUGCGGCGAUUUUUUCUCGGGCUCGUAAGCAGAAGGGGGCCAGCCGGCCACCACGGGGAAGGCAUUCUGGAGCGUUUUGGGCUUUUCUUGCAAGCGCCCGUGACGAGCGACGUACACGUUUCGUUAAGCGGUUAAGGCAACGAAUGAAUGAUACACUGAAGCCAUUAAUGAUUCUACCUCAGCACGCUGCGACCUAAAAGACCCGUUCUGACAGGUAGCUACAUGAUGAUAAACUAAUGCUCGCCUGGGAUGCGAUCACCUGCCG